AUGAAUGUUCUUUCUGCUAUGCUGAACAAAGCUGCUAAGCAUGGAAUUUUUAAAUUCCACCCUAAAUGUAGAAGAAUCUCCCUAACUUACCUUAGUUUUACUUAUGAUCUCCUUGUGUUCUGUCAUGGUUCCCUUGAAUCUGUUCUUGGUGUCCAAUGCACCCUUGAGAGGUUUUAUGAUCUGUCAGGCCUUAAGCUUAAUACUUUGAAGACUGAACUUUUCGCAUGUGGGUUAAGUGGGAGUACCCUUGAUCAGAUACAAUCUGUUACUGGAUUUAGAGUGGCUCAGUUACCUGUUAGAUAUCUUGGAGUGCCCCUGGUCACUCAGAAACUCACUAGUAAGGAUUGUGCUGCUCUUUUGGGGAGAAUUAAGGACAAGCUCUCUCAAUGGUCUAGACAGAAGCUUAGCUUUAGGGGUAGACUUCAGUUGAUCAAGACAGUGUUGCACAUUAUUUUCAAUUAUUGGAGCAGACAGCUCAUUCUCCCCAAGGGGAUUGUCAGGGACAUUGAAAGGUUAUGCAUGCGAUUUUUCUGGAAGGGCAAUGACUCUCCUACCAGAGGAGCUCGUGUUGGAUGGAAUCAGAUAUGUUCAUUAAAGUCUGAGGGUGGUCUGGGCCUUAGAGAUCUAUCCUUGUGGAGUAAAGCAUGUUGCUUGCUGCUAAUUAAAAAUAUUCUGGCCAAUGAAGGUUCUAUUUGGAUAGCUUGGAUUAAAGAAUACUGCUUUAAAAAUGUGAGUUUUUGGGAAGCGAUAUGUAAAGACCAUUUUAGUUUGAUUAUUAAAAAACUGUUGAAUCUCCGUGAGGUGGCUAGAACUUUGUUCCUUCCUAGUACUGAUUGGCGUCUAAUUAGCAGUAAAUGGAUAUGGGGAAAUAUCAGAAUCAGCAGAGAGAAUGUUAAUUGGCACAAAAUCAUUUGGUUCCCUGCUCAUAUCCCGAAAUGUUCUCUCAUUUCGUGGAUGGACAUCCCCAAUAGACUGCCUACUAAGGAUAGGUUGAUUCGUUUUGGUUUGGAAAUGGAUAAUAGUUGUAUUAUGUGUGGCAAUGGGCUGGAAACACGUGACCACCUAUUUGCUAAUUGUUCCUUUGUAUUAUAUCUGGGAUGA